AUGUUAUAUGCUCCAAUACAGCUCGAGGAGAAGAGCGCACUGUCGCGAGCUGGCCGCAGUAUAUCCGCAAUAGUGCUUUCAACGAUGGAGUCCCCUGCGCGAGACCAAGAAGCAUACGUACCGUCUUCAAGCUUACGUAGUUUUGGCUCCGAGGAAAGCUAUGGUCAAACCCCGCGCCAUGAGACUGACUUGUCAAAUCAGACUCAAGAGUCUGAGGCUACCACGAAGGGUAUUCUUGGGGAGCGUAACCAUAAUGGUGAAACCCAAUUAGGGCUUCCACAGACAGAUCAUGGGAGUGACAGUCGUUCUGUCCACUCGAUCGGUCAAUAUAAACAGAUAAGUCAGGAUCUAAAGAAUUGGCAGAUAUUCUUCAUUGUAAUCUCUGGCACAAUAGGUUUAGGCCUUUUCGUUGACACAGGUGAGAUUUUGCGCAUUGCCGGUCCAGGAGGAGGUCUUCUGGCAAUUUGCGUUGUUGGGAUUGGGGUUAUAUUACUCAUGGCUGGAGUUGCCGAAAUGAUUAAUCAUUGGCCGAUCUCAGGUGCUUUGGUCGAAUUCGUCCGGACCUUUGUAGAUAACGAGUUAGGGAUUGUGCUUGGUAUUGCUUACUGGCUUGCUUACUCGAUUACCUUCGGUACGUUACUCUCGGCGCUAGUCGACCUUGGCCGAUAUUGGAAUUGGCCUGGAAUAUGGCAGGCUAUGGCUUUUUGUAUUGGGUCGCCGAUACUCAUACUGUUCAUCAACAUCAAUGGUGUUUACGUUUAUGGAUUCAUUGAAAGUAUAGCUGGAGCUAUUAAGCUCCUUCUUGUCUUCGGAUCCCUUAUCACAAUGUUUGUGAUUAAUAAUGCAGAGCUCGAAGGAGAGCCGAAGAUUGGAAGCAAAUACAUAAGUCAGGGGUUCCAAGCAGAUUCAAGAAUUACCACAUCUCCAUUUGUCGCAAUUCUUGCAGGAAUACCAAUUGCAACUUAUGCUUAUGCUGGUGUCGAGAUCGUAGCGGUUACGGCCCUAGAAGCGAAAGACUCAAAAGCUGUUCGAUGGCCAGCAUAUUGGGUGCCGCGUAUCAUUUUCGUCACAUACGCCCUGGGCACCCUAGGUUUUUAUUUAAAUGUGUCGUGGGAGAACCCACUGCUUCCAUCAAUAUCGAAAAGAGCGACAGGCGGGACUACCACGGGCGCAUCUAUCCUCAUCAUUGCCGCUAGAAAAUCAGCAAUCCCUCAUCUCGCAGGGUUUCUCAACGUCACGCUUAUAUUGACAGUGUUGAGCUCUGCCAAUACUGCCUUGUAUGUGGCGUCAAGAACAUUGUACGGCCUUACUAGGGAAUUUCAAGUAGAGCAAAGGGCGGUGUUUUGGAAAAGAUGGAUCUCAGAACUUGGAACCACGCAUCAUACCAACAAUGUUCCAAUCAAAGCAGUCCUCACGUCCUUUGUUCUUUUUGGCUGGCUUCCAGCUGUGCAUAUCGCUAGAUCAGAUCAAUCGUUCCAAGAAAUACUUAGCGGUAUCGCAACGGUAUCUGUAGUUCUUGUUUGGUCAGCUCAGUGCCUUGCCUUUAUCCGCUAUCGAAAAUGGUUAAGCAAGCACCCAAACGAUCUUCACACACAAUUUGAAAAGUUCUCAUCAAAAGGACUAGACACCGGCUAUCUAUCACAUUUUCAGCCUCUACCCGCUUAUCUUGGACUUAUUGGAUGUCUUGUAACGGUGGUUGGAUUUAGUACCGCGAGCUGGUGGGAGGGCGGAUCGAAUGCGACAAGUGUUCUCGCGGCAUUUUUGCUCCCGGCUCUUCUUGUCUUGUUUUGGACAUGUCUAAAGAUUGCCUCACCAGAUCCUACCUUUAGCUCCUUCGGGUUUGGUGUAAAUUUAAGUGGUGAUUUUUCCGAUCUGCGAGAUGUUAUUACAAAGCUUGAUGGCAUGAUCUGUAAGCCAGAGCCAGAGCCAGCGUCUUUGGGCUCGCGGAGUGGAGGUUGGGAAAUUCCCAUUAACAACAGUCAGGCGAUGCACUGCGAAGCUAAUUCUCUCAACAAUGAACUGCAAAGAGAUUCGAAUGAUUCGCAUCGGACUGGCCCUGAGCCUGUCUGA